AUGGACAGUACAGCUAUUGACAAGAUUUCACCCUCCUCAUGCAUUCGAGUAGUACCGUACUCUGCCAUUCUGGCCGAUACGGAAGAGGCAAGAAACAAUGAAGCCUGUGUGGCUUCACGCAAUGCUACAAGGUACAAUACCUGUAUGCACUUGCUUGAUGAGAUCGAGACGCAAGUGCCAACAACUACAACAUUCGAGCACAGGGUCCCUCCGUGGGCGCCUUACCGAUAUACCAUUUGGCAGCCACUCAUAGCUCGCAGUCAGCAGAUGUCCGAGUCACAUAUCUUCAAGAUUCCCUCUUAUCUUUAUGAGGAUUUGAUGAAAUGCCACGCGCACUGGAUUCGCUACAACGCUCUUGACGAAGAACAAAUCACAGAAAUUGCCGAGAUGUGGGAAAGUUCAAAAGCUAGCUCCGGUAUUUGUAAAUUGUUCGAGGCGGACAGUAUUAAGAGGUGGUUCUUCCGUCUAGACAGGAUGAGCACCAAGGACAGCGCCUUCCCCGAUCCAUCAGUGCAAUCGCUACAUGAUAUAAUCAAGCGCAUUUGCACAAGCCAUCGUGGGUGCGAUAGCCUAAAGCAUGAGUUGGCAACAUCAGGAACGAUGGAACUGAUAUUGAACCCAUGGGACGAGACUAUUCACGCGGAAUUUGAGUAUCGCUGUUUCGUUCCACCACCUGCUGCUAGAGGAGUCGAAAACGCAACUGCUCAAGAUUUCCGCUUGACAGGUAUAGCUCAGUAUCGCUGGUUUAAGCCGCUUUCCCUCCCUGAUGGGAUGUCCGUGGAAGAGCUGGCGAACAAGGUGACUGAAGGUGCGAAAGCCGUCCUUGACGACAUAGUCACAUAUGCGACAAAAGAAAUCGACCCAGAGGUACUGCAGAUGUUAGUCACUUCCGGCUUCGUGUUUGACGUCUUUAUACGAGAUGGAAAGCGAGUCGAGCUGAUCGAGCUGAAUCCGUUUGGCGCUAAUGGAAUGAUUUUGGGCCGCCAACAAUGCCUCGCCACUAUUGAGAACUGCGCGACCGGGCGGUACAUCACGGUCCGAGCCGCUUCCGAGGAGCAACACAUCACAGGCAACCCCACGCACAGCACGGAGAGCAGUGCGUACCGCGGAAAAUAG